UUUAAAUGGUAAUCUUGUUCCCUAGCCUGGCCAUCAGCAAUGAAACCGAUGCCUGUCUUGGAGAAGAAGGCAGACAACUUCUAGGACCUGUGUUCAAGGAACAAAACGUAAGCCACUAUUCCAAAAUGAAAAUUCACGGCAUAACUGCUCAUAAACUCAGACAUGGGUUGGAGCUUAUUGCGCGUUCUGCUCCUGGGCUUCAAGUAUCGCUUGCUGCAACUAUACUGGGUGUUGCUGGAUUGGCUUACGCCAUAAAAGAUAUCAAAUUCUUGAAUCAUAGCAGUUUGAAAUGGCCUUCAGGCUCCAAUACUCGUUCCGACGAUUCUAUGCUAGUACCAGGCCUGCAAAAUCUUGGAAACAAUUGCUUUUUGAAUGCAGUUCUCCAGGCAUUAGCUAGCUGUCAGAGCUUCCGGAACUUUCUCGAGGGACUAGUUUCUGAAGUUGGGGGAUCGUCCACGGAAGGCAGCGAGCAAAACUCGUCUCUUGCAGGUGCUUUAUUUUGGUUGCUCGAAGAACUCUGCACAAUUCAACAUGGAAGAACUGUAUUAAGUCCUCAGAAACUGAUGCACGCCAUGAAUGAAUAUAUUCCAAAUUUCAACAUGACAAGCCAACAGGAUGCAGAAGAAGCGCUAUAUCACCUCUUAUCUUCUUUAAGGGAAGAGUUGUCGGAGUCUUAUGUCCAUGAAUGUAUCUCUUUAGCGGAUGUGACUGGUCUUCCUAACUGUAGGAUUCUGGAUUUAAAGAAGUCAAGAAAAAGUGAACCAGAAAGGUGGAGACAAUAUUUUAUUGGGCCUUUUUAUGGGAUUCUUUGUAGCAGCUUAAUGUGCCAAAGCUGUUCGCUUCAGAUAUCUUUGGAUUUUCAGCUUUUUCAGAGUUUGCAUCUUCCACCAAUAACCGACUAUGAUGGGAGUAUUGUGGCCAGAUGCCGUGUGGAGGAUUGUCUAAGGCGGUUCUUGGUGGCAGAGCAACUUGAGAGUUACUAUUGUAGUCACUGUUGGCACAUUGCUGCAAUAAAGUAUGCAUCUAAAAUAAUUGUAGAUCAGGGCCCGUAUGGUAAGGGUUGAAAUGACAUAUAACUGAUAGAAGUGGUUGACUUAAUUGAAAUUGCUGAGAUUGUUGUUAAAAAACUAGAGCUCUGCCAGGAGCUAGAUUCAUGUGAUUGCAAAGAGAUGUCAUGUCUCAGAGCAUUGCCAUGGUCAAAUAAAUUUUCGCGUACCUUCAAGCAAUUUAGUAUUGCUCACAGCCCACAAAUCUUGUGCAUCCAUCUCCAAUGCGCCUCGAUUAAUGCCUUUGGAGAAAGUGUCAAACUUCAGGGCCACAUAUCUUUUCCAUUGAUAUUGGAUAUGUCUCCAUUUACAAAGACUCAGCUGGGAACAAAGGAAUGCGAAGGAGGGCAGCAGAUUAGCCUAACGAAUUGCAUCAGGCAGAGAACAGGAAUACCCUCUUCAUAUGUCAAAGAUGGUGGUGAAUUUAGAGAAGCUGCAUUUCAAGUAUCAAAUGAUAAAGAUCUUUAUACUCAUAGUGGAUCGUAUUCGGUCUCCGGCUCUUAUCUGCCGUGCUUACACAGAGAGAAACACAUUUACCAUCUAGUUUCAGUGGUGCAACAUUAUGGGAGAGUUGGAACUGGUCAUUACAUUGUCUAUAGAAGAGUAGCUGCUAAUACCAAGCAAGACAGUCCUGCUGUAUCUUCUCCUGAGCAGUGGUAUUGCAUCUCUGACUCCGAAGUGCAUGCUGUAUCUGAGAAAGACGUUCUUGAUGCUGAGGCUAGCUUGCUGUUCUAUGAAAAAGUACCCCGACUCUGAAAUUUAUCAACUUGAGUUUGAUCCCGUUGAGCGGGAGUAAAUUACUUCGGUCAAAAUAUAUUUGAAUAAGAUGCAUUUGUUGAAUGCAUUGAAUUACCCAAACGUCUUUACCAACUAAACAAAAGGAAACAAUUUCUAAAAGAUGAAUUUGUAAUUGUCAUUUACGAUCCAUUAUAUAU